AAGAACUAGGCGUUCAUAGUCUGUGACGUUUUAUUCUUUAAAAAUCAAUGACCAACCCAGUGUCGAUCGUGGGAAACUCGUGACGGCAUCGUGAAUAUUACAAACCCAAAUUUGGAAGGGGCAUGCUUGUGUCAUGUGGGUCACGCAAUCACCGGAAGUAGAAGUUUUACUACAUUUUCAAUACAAUUUGCUUAGUCGAAAGGACAGAACAAAAACACAAAAUCGACGACUACAAAAUGGGCCUGUGUUUUUCAGUGAAACGAGAAGAUUAUGAAGAUAUUAUGCGCUAUGAUGGUGGAACUUUGCUUUGUUUCAAACACGGAGAAGGAACAAAUCUUUACGAAAAUGGCGAUAUGUACAAAGGGCAAUGGAAAUGGAAUCAAAUGCACGGUCACGGAGUUUAUACACACGCUAACGGAGAAGUAAAACAAGGAUAUUUUUAUCAAAAUGAGUAUAUUGGAAACGAGCCUGGUAAUCUAUUUGCUGCCACAACAUGUUGCAUUGGGUCAUGUUUUGGAGGAGCUCAAGCAGAACCUAUUCCGAGUGACGAGGAGAUAAGAAAACAAGCGAUGAGUGAAAGAGAUGAUCAAAACGCUAAAAACAGAGAGGCACGGCAACACCGAAGGGACGAGAUUCGAAACAAGUAUAAUAUUAAAAAAAAACCCUGAUCUAUGUAAACGUCUAUACUGGGGUUUUGAACAUUCCUUCAUAGAUGGUCAUGGGGUAUCCGAAAUAUAGGAUGACCGUUAGUUCUUGAAAAUCUGCGUGAGUGAGAACGACGCUUCAGAGGGCGUCACGCGAAGAAAUCACGCGAUUCGACGCGUAUAUUAUUUUCAAGAACAGAGGUAGGUGAAGGAAAAAAGUUGGAUUGCGUCUAUGAAUUUAGUCAUUUUUAAGUUUGAAGCCCGAGCUAUUUUGUGUAUAUUAUCUGUAGGUACAGAAAUUCUGAUAUAUCACAUCACCUUUUCGUACAUUAUAAUUUUCGGCUGAAUUCGUUGCCCUAGAAAUUUGGCCCAUUUUUUCAGCUCAGUUUGUGAACUUGAAAUGUUUCUGCAUGCGAUUGUUGUUAGAAUGUCCCUCGGUGUUUACAUUUACAAUCUCCGAAACAUUAAGGAUGUAGGAAUUUCACUUACGUACUUUGGUCCUUGACAAACCUCGGAGGAAGUUCUGAAAUCCGUCGCAGCAAGUUCACGAAUGGGCAAGAUUUCCAUAGAACCCCAUACUUCAUUAUGCAUACGAUUCUUUGAUAAUAGAAAACAGAAGCAAAACAACAGAUUACCUCUGGGACUUCGGCUGUGUUUGAUUGUUAUGGGGGUAUACGGAAAUCUUUUCCACGAAUGACUGUUCAAAUACCAUAAGUGAUGUUUCUGAAUUAGAAAAAAUUUUGUUUGUCCCAAUUUUAAGACACGUUUUGUUUCCAUACAUAUUAGUAAUAAAUUUGCACGUGCUAAUCGUCAUCGACUGGGUUGUUGUUGGCUCUUGCAACUUACCCAGCUUGGGAUUGCAAAGAAACUUAAUUACACAUCCCGUAAUCUUGUCUCGAUAUGAAGCAAUUCUCAAACGAGUCUCGAUUACUCCGAGAUUGCUUUGGUUUCGCUUUACAACGUUCUGUGAAUUGCAGAGAAUAAUUUUGCCACCGAUAAGAUAUAGACCAAAAACCAAUUGCAUCAAGUCCACCGCCUUUUUCGGUGUUUCAGGAGGUUCUCAAUUAAAAUAAACUCUAAUCGUAGUAAUAUUGCAUGUUUAGAUCACCAAAGCUUUAUUUGACAUCUUUAGUAACGCCCCUUCCACAAAGAGGAUAGUAGCCUUGCUAGAAACAGUGACACUUCCUUCUGAGGUUAUUCUGUUUCUCAGUUCGCUUUACUCGGAUGACAGGACAACUAGGUAUUUAGGGUUCUUAACAGAGAACAUUACCUGCGAUGAAGCCAUGUCUAGUGAUCUUCUCUUGCAUAGGCCUUAGGCAAAAGGCUAGCUAUGGCCCUUGAUCAAUAAUAUCGUAACUAAAGUGAGGUUGUUAGAUAAACUGCACAUCAGCAAGUUUUGCAGAUUUUUUUAUUUACAUGUCCACAAUUUCUAAUUGUUUUUUCCUUCCUUGGAAUAAACGUUAGCUAUUUUGCCACCAGAAGAAAAGUAAAAUAGAAAGAAAAGUCGACACUCGACUGAGAUGUAAAAUACGCCAAAAGGAAAAAUAAGUUAAAUAAUAAACAAAAAUGACUACAAAAUAUUUCACACUAA